AUGCUGACACUACCGAUACAAAUGAUGGUGCAGUUCUUUAUCUUCGCCUUGCUGCAAAAGAGAUGCAAACUCAGAAACCUGACCGAAGAGUGGCCCACUCGGAUUUUGUCAGCUGCCAUUGUCACCGCACUGGGGUUGCUGGCACUCAUAUUGCUAGUUCUUCUACUGAUGAUUCGGGGGAACAAUAGGGAUUGGUCUGGUGGUACACUGAAAAAUCCUCAAGACGGUGGUGGAAUUAUUGCAUUUAGAUACAUUGAUUUGCAGAGGGCAACAAGAAAUUUCUCUGAGAAGCUAGGUGCCGGCGGCUUUGGUUCUGUGUUCAAGGCAUAUCUGACCGACUCAGCUACAAUGGCAGUGAAAAGGCUUGAUGGUGCUUGUCAAGGAGAAAAACAAUUCAGGGCUGAGGUGACUUCAGUCGGAGUUAUACAACAUAUCAAUUUAGUUAGACUGAUUGGUUUCUGUUGCGAGGGUGAACGGAGGUUACUUGCAUAUGAGCACAUGCCAAAUCGUUCUCUUGACAUCCAUCUAUUUCAGGACAACAACACAGUUUUAAACUGGUGUACCAGGUAUAAAAUAGCUCUGGGAGUUGCUAGAGGGCUGGCUUACCUGCAUGAGAGCUGCCAAGACUUGAUCAUACACUGUGAUAUCAAGCCACAAAAUAUACUUCUUGACACGUCGUUUGUUGCUAAAAUUGCUGACUUUGGUAUGGCCAAGUUAAUAGGGAGGGAUUUUAGCCGGGUUCUGACUACAGCAAGAGGAACUGCAGGAUACCUUGCACCCGAAUGGAUAAGCGGGGUUGCUAUCACAGCAAAAGUCGAUGUUUAUGGCUACGGGAUGGUGCUAAUGGAAAUAAUAUCAGGAAGACAGAAUUCAUUUGAACAAUACACUGUCGGUGGUGAUUGUGUUGUUUUCUUCCCUGUGCAUGCUGCGCAAAUGCUUCUCGAGGGAGAUGUGGCAAGCUUGGUGGAUGAAAAAUUAUCAGGUGAAGUAAAUCUAGAGGAGGCUGAACGACUAUGCAAGGUUGCUUGUUGGUGCAUUCAGGAUGAUGAGUUUGAUCGGCCGACAAUGGGCGAUGUUGUUCGCACUCUAGAGGGUCUAUCUGAUCUUGAUACGCCUCCCGUUCCAAGACUACUUCAGGCCAUUACAAGGAGGAGCUCUCACCCCCCUUCCACCUACCUCUCUAAUGAAUCAGAAUAA